AGUAGAGCAUCCAAAGGUUCAGGCUUCAGGGACUGAGGCCCGAACUGUGUCCCCACCCUCCAGGGAGGGCCCCUCAUAUAUGGCCACAGGGAGAAGUCACGUGUAGGUCUUUCAUUAUCCCCUACCAUAUAAGUGGGGGCACAGGUGGCCAGGAACUCUCUAGGCAAGAGCCAGCAAGCAGAGGUAAGUCCUCAGGUUGGGCAGGGACUCCUACUCUGGGUGGGAAACACUCUCUUUGGGCACCUUGAGGGUCCUCCAAGGAUGAGGAGGGCCUAAGUGGUGGGUUUUCCUGCUGAGUCAGGCCAUGCUGACUACAGUGCUGCUGAGUUGUGCCGCCCUGCUACUGGCAUUGCCUGCAACACAGGGCGCCCAGAUGGGUCUGGUCCCCCUGGAGGGCAUCAGAAGGCCUGACCAAGUCCUGUUCCCAGAGUUCCCAGACCUAGGCCUGCAUGUUCCGCUAAAGAGGACAACUGCAGAACAAGAAGAGGCUCUACUGCAGAAGGCAGAAGCUUUGGCAGAGGUAUUAGACCAGCAGAACCGCGAGCCCCGUACCCCACGCCGCUGUGUAAGGCUACACGAGUCUUGCCUGGGGCAGCAGGUACCGUGCUGCGACCCGUGUGCCACAUGCUAUUGCCGCUUCUUCAACGCUUUCUGCUACUGCCGCAAGCUGGGUACUGCUACGAACCCCUGCAGCCGCACCUAACCGGCCAUCUGGG